AUGCGCGUCGAUCGGUACACCGAGGACGCGUUCUCGACUCUUUCUAAUACUAUCGUUGACAAGGCGCCCUACUUUGGCUCCCUGCCUCUUCAAAAUGACGUAUUUGAGCUUUUCUUCAAAGAUCAAAACGGCCAGGCGCACUCUAUCAAUCUGGCGAGCGCUACAAACGAGCAAGUCAGCACCCUUGCAGAGUCGUGCUCCAUUGCGCCCUUUGGUCGCGGCGCACAGUCUGUGAUCGACGAUGACUAUCGUAAAGCAGGAAAGAUCGAUCUCCCCAACUUCGCUAUUCCCUUCCGGCCCGAGGACACUGCACUGGGGCGUGGAGUGCGAGAGUAUGUUCUCGACGGCCUAGAGUCAAAGCGGCCAAUUCGCUAUGAGCUAGACAAGCUUAAUGUCUACGGUAAAGGAGGGUUCUUCAAGGCGCACAAAGAUACUCCACGCGGAAACGGGAUGUUUGGCUCACUUGUUCUGAUCUACCCGACGAAGCACUCUGGCGGGGACCUGGUCUUCCGCCACCAAGGGCAUGAAUGGACUUUUGACUCGGCUUCAGCCGCUUUGAGCAAUGGAAAUACUGCGUUCGGCUACGCGGCAUUCUAUAGCGAUAUCGAGCAUGAAGUGCUCCCAGUUACAUCUGGGUACCGCGUAACCAUCACCUACAAUCUCUACUUUGACGAUGCAGAGACUGCGUCGACAUCCACCCGCUCAAUUGCGCCCGACAUGUCUGAUUUUGCACAUCGGCUUCGGCAUCUCCUCGAUGAUUCUCAUUUCAUGCCGCAAGGCGGUUAUCUUGGCUUCGGUCUGCGUCACGCAUACCCAGUAGAGUUCGCUGACAACUUUAUGCCUGUUCACGAGGACGUACAACAUAUCACCAGCGUUCUCAAAGGCUCGGAUGCUGUUAUCCUCCGUGCAGCUCAAGCUGCUGGACUGCAGGCGCAGUUACAUGUCGCGUAUGAUUGCCGUGUAUACUCGAAAGAGUACAAGCGUCUAGUAGUCCUCACCACUAAAGUCAUUGGCGGCGAAUACGCUCCAGGGCAGAUAUGGAGCUUUCUCAAGAACCAAUACGGCGGAGUUACGCUGUGGCCGGAGGACGAUGAAAAGUACCGGGUGGAGCGUGCGGUACAUUGGGUCACCCCACGCACAAGCGCGCCGCGGGGCAAGUCUGCGCUGGCUACGUAUGGCAACAGUCCUUCAGUUGAACACCAGUACUGGGAGCUCUGCCUUCUUGUGGGUGUAGGUCCUGUCGGGGAAAGGACAACAAAGGAGAAUUUAAGGCAAAACACAGAGGAUAAAAAGUAUGAGGUGGGCUAUGAGUGGCUCGACUAA